AUGACGAACGAGGGCGAACGGUCAACCGCCGACAAGGGCAAGGGCAAGGUUGAUGAUGUUCGCGAGCUGAAUGGCAAGAAGCCCCAAAAGGAUGAGAAGACGGCAGCAGAUGGAAAGAAAGCGGAUGAGGAGCCUCAGGAAGGAUCCCUCUCGCCGCCGAAUCAUGACGCUGACCCGAUGGUUUCUGCAGAGGAGCUCAGCGAGGAGGAUCAGCAGUUGAAGAAUGAGCUUGAGAUGCUCGUCGAGCGGUUAAAGGAACCGGACACCUCGCUCUAUGGCCCGGCCUUGGACGCCAUCAAGAAUUUCAUCAAGACCUCGACCUCUUCCAUGACCGCCGUUCCGAAGCCUCUCAAAUUCCUCCGACCGCAUUACGAUGACCUGACAGCGCUCUACGAGAAGUGGGCAGCGGGCCCCGUGAAGGACUCGUUGGCCGAUAUGCUUUCCGUGCUCGGUAUGACCUACGGUGACGAAGAGAAGUUGGAGACGAUCAAAUACCGCCUACUGGCCAAGUCGGAGGACCUGGGCUCCUGGGGACACGAAUAUAUCAGACACCUGGCCCUGGAAAUCGGGCAAGAAUACCAGAACCGGUUGAACGCGGAGAAGGAAACUCAGGAUUUGGUCGACCUGGCGUUAUCGCUGGUACCCUACUUCCUGAGCCACAAUGCCGAAGCGGAUGCGGUUGAUCUUCUGAGCGAACUCGAGAUCAUCGAAGAAAUUCCGCGAUUUGUGGACGAGAACACAUACGCCCGAGUCUGCUUGUACAUGGUCAGCAUGGUCAACCUGCUCACCUACCCCGAAGAUCAGCAGUUCCUUCGGACGGCACACGAGAUUUAUGUGCGCUACAACAAGCUUUCUCAAGCGAUUGUGCUUGCCAUCCGUUUGAACGAUAUCGACCUCAUCAAGAGUGACUUCGACGCGACGACCGACGUUUCUCUCAAGAAACAGAUGGCGUUCCUGGUCGCUCGGCAACAGAUCUGGCUUGAUCCGCCGGCCGAGGACGAGGAGGGAGAGGCUCUGGCGGACUGUCUCAACAACACCUCUAUCCCGAAGCACUUCAAAUCUCUUGGAAAGGAGCUGAACGUUCUGGACCCCAAGAUGCCGGAGGAUAUCUACAAGACCCAUCUGGAGAGCAGUCGGGGAGCGGGACUCACCAACCUCGAUUCCGCACGACACAACUUGGCAAGUGCCUUUGUCAACUCGUUCGCCAAUGCCGGCUUCGGCAAUGAUAAAAUGAUGCUUGUUGAGGGUGACAAGGGCCCGUGGGUAUGGAAAACCAAGGAUGACGGUAUGCUCUCGACCACUGCUUCCUUAGGUAUGCUUCUGCACCGGGACGUCGAAGAUGGCCUGGACAAGAUCGAUAAGUUCACCUACGCAUCGGAGGACCAGGUCAAGGCCGGUGCGCUUCUUGCCAUUGGUAUUCUGAAUUCAGGUGUCCACAUUGACUCCGACCCUGCUCUUGCACUGUUGAGUGACCCCGACAACCUCGAAGCCAAGAACGUACCGAUGAGAGCCGCAUCGAUCAUGGGUCUUGGCCUAGCAUAUGCCGGUUCCAACAAGGAGGAACUUCUGGAGGUCCUCUUGCCAAUCGUGGAGGAUGCGUCCCUAGACAUGCAGCUCUCCGCCAUGGCAGCAGUCUCCCUGGGUCUCGUCUUCGUUGGCUCGUCAAACCACCAGGUGAGCGAAGCGAUCGCCACCACCCUGAUGGACGAGGAACGUCAGAAGCAACUCAAGGACAAGUGGACGCGUUUCAUGGCGCUUGGCCUGGCCCUCCUGUACUUCGGCCGACAAGAGGAAGUCGAUGUCAUCCUUGACAUCCUGAAGGCAGUUGACCACCCCAUGGCUAAGCCCACGUCCGUUCUCGCCUCGGUUUGCGCAUGGGCUGGUACUGGUACCGUGCUCAAGUUGCAGGAGCUCCUUCACAUCUGCAAUGACAUUAUUGAAGAGAAGGAGGAGAACAAGGGCGAUGAGCUUGUUCAGUCCUACGCGGUUCUGGGUCUGUCGCUCAUUGCCAUGGGUGAGGACGUGGGUCAAGACAUGAUCCUCCGCCAGUUCGGUCACCUCAUGCACUAUGGAUCAAGCAACAUUCGCCGAGCAGUGCCCCUGGCCAUGGGCUUGAUCAGCCCGAGCAACCCUCAGAUGAAGGUGUAUGAUACAUUGUCCCGCUACAGUCACGACAACGACAACGACGUUGCUAUUAACGCCAUCUUCGCCAUGGGUCUCUGCGGCGCUGGUACCAACAACGCCCGUUUGGCCCAGCUCCUCCGGCAAUUGGCCAGCUACUAUCACCGUGACCAGAACUCGCUGUUCAUGGUCCGUAUCGCGCAGGGUCUUUUGCACAUGGGCAAGGGCACCAUGACCCUCAACCCCUUCCACACCGACCGGCAGGUUCUCUCCCGCGUUUCGGCAGCCGGCUUGCUGACGGUGCUGGUGUCGCUCAUUGACGCCAAGCAAUUCAUCCUCGCCGAACACCACUACUUGCUCUACUUCCUCAUCACCGCCAUGUUCCCUCGCUUCCUCGUUACGCUCGAUGAGGACCUGCAGCCGCUGACAGUCAACGUCCGGGUCGGUCAGGCCGUGGACGUGGUCGGCCAGGCGGGUCGCCCGAAGACCAUCACUGGCUGGCAGACUCAGAGCACGCCGGUGCUCCUGGCACAUGGCGAGAGAGCCGAGCUGGAGGAUGAGCAGUAUAUCCCUCUGAGCAACACUCUUGAGGGCCUAGUUAUCUUGCGCAAGAAUCCGGACUGGGAAAAUACUGAAUAA